AUAAACCAAUUAAAACAGUCCACGAAAAGCUCUCGGCAUUCAGGAAUCUUUCGAUUUGAUAAAAAAGUGUGUUUAUUACUGAGGAUAAACAGAGUGUUCCAACCUCAUUUGGUAAAAGUAUUGGAAUAAGUAGGCAAACGUAUUGAUUCGCAAUCCCACAAAAAAUCAUAAAGCUGUCAAUUUUAUUGGGUUUGGAAGUAAUUUCGCGAAAAUGUGGUACAAAUGGACUAUUUUGAUGUUCGGGAUCUUGGCGGAGGUUAAUUGUAUGUAUUCAAAUACAGAUGUUGUUGAGUUGAAACCCAGCAACUUUGAGAGCCAAGUGUUGAAUAGCGAUAGUGUCUGGAUUGUGGAAUUUUAUGCACCCUGGUGUGGACACUGUCAGCAGUUAAAGCCAGAGUAUGAAAAGGCUGCCACAGCGUUGAAGGGUGUGGUGAAAGUUGGUGCCGUGAAUGGCGAUGACCACAAAUCAUUGGGAGGAAAAUACAACAUUCGAGGCUUUCCCACUAUAAAAAUUUUCAGCAAAGGCCAAACAAACGCAGAAGAUUAUAAUGGACCACGAACAGCCGCUGACAUUGUAAAUGCUGCAUUAAAUGCAGUCUCUCAAAAAGUUCGCGGUGUUUUGGGCGGUCAGAAGGGUGGGACAAACAAGCCUAAAGACACUAAAGAUGUUAUUGAACUGACUGAUGAAAAUUUUGACAAAUUGGUUAUCGGAUCAGAAGACAUGUGGUUGGUCGAAUUCUUCGCUCCUUGGUGUGGGCACUGCAAAAAUUUGGCACCUCAUUGGGCAACCGCGGCCACGGAACUCAAGGGAAAAGUUAAGCUAGGUGCUCUCGAUGCUACUUCAAACACAAUGAAGGCCAGUGAGUAUGGAAUAAAUAGCUACCCUACCAUUAAGUUCUUUGCAUCAGGCAAAAAGUACAAGGAAUCUUCUGGUGAAUACGACGGAGGUCGUACGAGCAGUGAAAUUGUUAACUGGGCUCUGGAAAAGUUAACUGAAAGCAUUCCAGCUCCGGAAAUUACGCAAAUUACGAGUGAAGGUAGUUUAAGGAAGGCAUGUGAGGAUAAACCUCUUUGCGUUGUUUCAGUUCUACCUCAUAUCUUGGACUGCCAGUCAGAAUGCAGGAAAAGCUACAUUAAUACAUUAAAAUCACUCGGUGAGAAGUACAAAAAGAAAAUGUGGGGAUGGGUUUGGUCGGAAGCUGGCGUACAACCGAAAGUCGAGGAAGCAUUAGAAAUCGGAGGAUUUGGUUACCCUGCUUUAGCAGCAGUAAAUAUUAAGAAGAUGAAAUUUGCCCUUCUUAAAGGUAGUUUCUCAGAAGAGGGUAUCAACGAAUUCCUCAGGGAUUUGAGUUACGGACGCGGAAGUACUGCUCCUUUAAAAGGCACCCAACUUCCAAAUAUCUACGAAACGGAAGCUUGGGACGGGAAAGAUGCUGAGCCGCCACAGGAAGAAGACAUUGAUCUCAGUGAUGUAGACCUCGACGAUAAAGACGAACUUUAAGCGCUUUAGUUUAAAACGGCUGAUUAACUUUUUUUAUGAAGUUCUUUUAGGUGUAUCAAAUACUGUGAAACUACUGUCGUUUAUUAAAAUACAACCUGCGUACCUUUAAGCGCACAUUGAAUGUUAAAAAGAAUUUCUAUCAGACAUUUCCAUUUUUUGAAUAAAAUAUUAGUUUAAUUCAA